AAUCAUUUCGCUGUCACCAAACAGUUACGAAAGCUUCGAUUUUGUAGCAGGAAGCAUGUCCUCCAGGUCCUUCUUGCAGGUUUUGUAGGUUAGACCAGCAGAUUUAGUCGAAACUGUAGAGGAACUAUAAUAACUUCGCGUCGUUAUUUAGUGUUUGCAUGUUGUGUUACUAACGUGACAUUUCACCGAGGUUUGCUGGAAAACUUCUCAGAUGACACAGUCUUCCCACCGGUAAGUGUCCACUGGAAAAAAACAAUCCCCAUCAUCACAAUGACAGCUCAGGAAGGAGAGGGAUGGGGAGGCAUUAACCUGUCACCUCACCUGCACACCGAUGAGUGUAAUGAACUGAUAACUCAUCUGAGGCAGUGCCACACGGAGCACAAUGUCAUGAGGUUCUUUGGCACGUGUAACGAUGUGGACCGCGCUAUGCGUCAGUGCCUGAAGAAAGAGAGACUGGAGAAGCGGGAGCGCAGCAAGCAGCAUGCACAAGAGAUGAAAAAGAGGCUGAGAGAAAAACCCAAAGAGGAGCUCUGAAGGACAUUUUACUGCAACUUUGCCACUGGCACUGCAAGUUAAAAGUAUUCAGUUAAUGGGACAUUGAAUUAAAGAUGUAACAGGCCUCCGCUGCUGUUUUUAUAUCAAGACAGACGAUGGGUUAUAACUUCUGUCUCUUUGUACAUUCAGACGAGCGUGGAUUGUAUUGGAUCAAAUUCCAGCAAUGAUAUGGUUCAGAUGCACAGCUUACUCCUACUGUGGCGUGGAACCCUCCUAACACUCUUUGGACUUUUUAUCAUCUGCACAGACUCAAACUCACAGUGCUACCACCACAACAUUUUAAUACAGCAUAAAAACAACAGCAGUACUUUGGAUUAAAGAUUGCUGCCGGGGAUCAUCAUUUAUUUCCCCCUCUGUUAGCAGUACUCUACGGCUCCAUCAAAGAGAUUAGUGUAGCUGCUGGCAGAACCCUUUCAUCAAACCAUUAUUUAUGUUGGCAGCUGGACACCUCAGGAAUAUUCUGGUACCUGUUUUAUUCAUGAAAACAGGGAGAGUCAAUUUCAGAGACGUGUGUAAAAAAAAAAGACCCAAAACAGGAUGACCAGUCGCUGGGUUUUACUCUCAAUGUGAACAUGCACCCAUGGACAUACAUAUUGAACACACACGUUGUUUUAACGUUUAUUUGAAUGGAGAAUCGUAUUGAUUCGUUACAAGUUUGAUUGCUUUUCAAUAAAGUGAAAUUAUCAGUACAUUUUAGAAUCCAUGCUUCGAUAUAUCAUCUGCAGGUCUGGAAAAGUCCUAAAAGCAUUUGUUUCCUCAAAA